GUAAAUUUAACUGCUACCAAUUGUGGAGCAAACAAAUUCAAGAUGCUGAAAAAGAGGCUGUACGACCAUGCGUUGGCUGAUGUUUGUCUUUGUUGUCAUUCUUGCUCAACAAAUCAGUUCGACUCUCGUCGAAGAUAUUCGAGUACGCGGACUUAUACGUGAUUGGGCUCCACUUGUCUGGCUUGCACCUGGUGAACGCUUCCUUCCUCUUGGAGUACCGGAAUUUUUGGACAACAUGCAAGCAGCUGAUAAUUAUCUCCAAACACGCACCAGUUUACAAUCGCUGCUACAGAACCGGUCGUCCUUUCUACAUGGCCGCAAGCCUGCCGACAACAUUCCAAUUUAUGCCUUGUUGAAGAACUGCAUUAUGAACUCGGAGUCGUUGAUACCGUCAGCAGGAGCGACGAUGACGAAAACAACUAUAUCGCCUUCCAAUAAUCUGAAGAAGCAUCAACUACCGAUUCUAAAUGCAAUGGUCGACGAUUUCGACAUAAAGUCCAUCGAGAGUAAUAAUGUGCCAGGCUCAGGCGUAUCAAUAGAAAAAUUACUGGUAUCGUCAUUUAAGGACCGAAGAUUGUCGCGAAGCCAUGGGUCACACGUUAUUCCCGUCAAUUCUGAAAUUUCGAAAUCACAUAUUCUACACGAGAAGAUUCUCCAGAAGAUAAAAUUCCACACGCAGCAUCCACUGCACUUCCACGUGACUUACUGGAUGUUUUAUCCAUUUAGCGAGGGCAAGGCUGUGUGUGUACUUGAUCUUGGUAUUCUCGGCAGCUGGCCGAUACCCAGUUUGGGUGGCACGUGCUUCGGUAGAUUAAAGGAAUACGGGAAUCACGUUGGUGAUUGGGAGCACGUUAGUCUGUAUUUUAAGGAUAAGAAUUACCCGUUGGCAAUGUAUGUUUCGGCACAUGAUGCAGGCGCAUUCUACCGCUACGAGCCUCGCUCCGGUACCUUCAUUUUUGAGUCACAAGAGACCCGUAAGGGUAUCUUUCAGAAACCUAUUUUUCCAGAGCGAGUCUUUACAGCCGAAGGCUCGCAUCCAAUUCUUUUCAGCGCCCGAGGUUCACACGGACUGUGGACGGCACCAGGUAAACACAAGUUUGUGCGUCUUCCGAGGCUUUACGAUGAGAGUGGUUUCGGGACGCCCUGGCCUACUUGGAGGAAAGUGGAACUACUCUCGAUUCAUGAUAAGCACGUAAUGCCCGAAUGGAUGAAUUUUACGGGCAAAUGGGGUAAUCCCAAGAGCAACUGUCAUCCCCUGACUAAAUUAGGCUUUGAUAUCUGUGAAUUCGUAGAUGGACCUACAGGCAUUCCCAUGAAGAAAAUGAAUUUUAGGUGUUAA